AUGUUUCGUCAGCGGUGGUGGGGAGCGAGCUUGCAGGGAGCGAGCGCAGAGCAGCGGGAGCGGGCUGGUGUGUGGGGCAUUGAGAGGAAGAUCGGCAGAUUGGUUAUUGGACAGAAUGGUAUCUUAUCCACACCUGCUGUUUCGUGUAUCAUCCGAAAGAUCAAAGCAGCUGGUGGAAUUAUUCUAACAGCUAGCCACAGUCCUGGGGGACCUGGUGGAGAGUUUGGAGUCAAGUUUGAGGUUGCCAAUGGAGGACCUGCUCCAGAUAUAGUUUCAGAUAAAAUCUAUCAAAUCAGCAAAACCUUGGAGGAAUAUGCCAUUUGUCCCGAUCUCCGAGUUGAUUUAUCACGCCUAGGAAGACAAGAAUUUGAUCUGGAGAACAAAUUCAAACCUUUCCGAGUGGAAAUUGUGGAUUCUGUGGAUAUCUACCUCAAUCUCCUUCGAAGUAUCUUUGACUUCAAUGCGAUCAGAAAUUUACUGACCGGACCCAACCAGAUUAAAAUAAGGAUUGAUGCCAUGAAUGGAGUUAUGGGACCUUAUGUGAGAAGAAUCCUGUGUGAUGAAUUGGGAGCUCCCGCAAAUUCUGCCAUAAACUGUAUUCCUCUUGAGGAUUUUGGUGGACAGCCUCCUGAUCCCAAUUUAACAUAUGCAACUGCCUUGCUGGAGGCUAUGAGAGGCGGCGAGUAUGGAUUUGGAGCUGCUUUUGAUGCUGACGGGGACCGCUACAUGAUCCUUGGCCAAAAUGGUUUCUUUGUUAACGCGUCAGAUUCACUGGCUAUAAUUGCUGCCAAUCUGUCUUGCAUUCCAUACUUUUGUCAGAUGGGUGUCCGAGGAUUUGGCAGGAGCAUGCCUACCAGCACAGCCCUGGACAAGUAA